UUGGCUAAAUGUCUCGUAAGGGGCGGGAUGUCAUGUUCGGUUGCGGAGCUGAAACCGGUAACCUAGCACUCCAGCACGUUGUGAAGCCGCUGAGGUGAUUCCAAGAAAUCACUUGUUUCUGAAUCGACGAUUUUUUUUGAUAGUUGACCCACUGAGACUUCCAGUUGACCAAAGAAAUGGUGAUGGAGAAGCCAAGUGCCCAGCUGGUCGGGCGAGAGUUUGUCCGACAGUAUUACACACUGCUGAACCAGGCCCCCGACUACCUGCACAGGUUUUAUGGGAAGAACUCCUCCUACGUGCACGGCGGCCUGGACAGCAACGGCAAACCAGUAGAGGCUGUUUAUGGACAAUCUGAGAUCCAUAAGAGGGUGAUGGCUCUGAGUUUCCGCGACUGUCACACCAAGAUCAGGCACGUGGACGCCCACGCCACCCUGAACGAGGGCGUGGUGGUGCAGGUGAUGGGCGAGCUGUCCAACAACAUGCAGCCCAUGAGGAAGUUCAUGCAGACCUUUGUGCUGGCGCCUGAGGGUACCGUUGCAAACAAAUUCUACGUUCACAACGACGUGUUUCGUUACCAAGACGAGGUGUUUGGCGACUCUGAUUCUGAGCCCCCAGAAGAGUCUGAGGAUGAGGUGGAGGAGAUCGAGGAGAGGGUUCCCUCCCCUGACAUCGCUCAGGAGGAGUCUGCUCCCUUCUACGACCCGACGCCCUGUUCGGAGCCGACGGUUCCUGGCGACGAGGAGGAAGCGGCGGCCGAGAGUCCAGAGCCCGAGCCGGAGGUGGAGAAGGAGGCCGAGGCCACGUGCGUGGAGCUGAAGCAGGAGACGAUGCUGGAGACGCAGACCGACGCAAACACAACCGACGACCAGACGGACAAAGGCCCCGCCGCGGCCCCGCCCACCGCAGAGCCUGCCGCCGUGCCCGCCGAACCCACCCCCGCCGCUCCAGAAGAAAACCGGCCGUUCUCCUGGGCAUCCGUCACCAGUAAGAACCUGCCCCCCAGCGGGGCUGUCCCAGUCUCAGGAAUCUCCCCACACGUCGUCAAACUUCCUCCCACAGCACCGCCCAGAGCGGAGGUGAAGUCUGAGUCCCAGACACCAACACAGAGACCACAGAGAGACCAGAGACCGAGGGAACAGAGGCCUGGAGGUCCUCCGCCGGUACACAGAGGGCCCAGACCAGUUCGGGAGGGUGAGCCGGGCGAGACGGAGGGUCGCAGGGUGGUCCGGUACCCCGACGCCCAGCAGCUCUUCGUAGGGAACGUCCCUCACGACGUGGACAAGACGGAGCUCAAGGAGUUCUUUGAACAGUAUGGUACAGUCCUGGAGCUGAGGAUCAACAGUGGAGGGAAGCUACCAAACUUUGGUUUUGUGGUGUUUGACGACUCUGAACCUGUACAGAAGAUUCUCAACAACAGGCCCAUUAAGUUCCGCGGCGACGUCCGCCUGAACGUGGAGGAGAAGAAGACCCGGUCGGCCCGAGAGGGCGACAGGCGGGACGUGAGGCUCCGUGGCCCCGGCGGUCCCGGCGGCCCCCGAGAGCGAAUAGGAGGCGGCGGAGGACCCCGAGGCCCCCCCACCCGCGGAGGCAUGGCACAGAAACCCAGCUUUGGCUCUGGGCGGGGCGCGGGCCCCAGCGAGGGGCGCUACCCUGCCCAGCGCCAGUGAGCCCCCCUCCCCC